UAUUGAAGCGGAAUACCGCAUACGGCUCCCAUGAGCAAUGUCCUAGAACGCCAUUAAGCUCGAGACUGCAAAGGAGCUGCCAAAAGCAAAGACGCGUGGAGUAUAUUACCGCCAAUGGGAGGUAACGUGUAAGCGGAGAAUAGAAUGAGCCCCGCAAUGCCUGCAGGCUAGCAAUGUUGCGCCCAGCAGCUAUACGAUCUAUAGAUGGCUGACGUCAACAGGCAAACAUGUGGAGUGCGAGCAGAGCAGGGAGUGUGAGAUGUUGGCGCAGGAUGCAUGGUCGCGUGCAUUGAUACCUAUGGGGAAGUCGGCGAUCCCGGCGCGUCUUUUCGGCCGUCGCCAGAGGAACGCGACAGCAAACAAGUUCGCGUCACAAAUCCACGCAUAACGAACAUUCGGCCCAACUCCGAACACAACUCAAUCCAGCAGCCAUGGCGGAUAUCAGCGCAGAGUUGACGUCGGAACUGACAAGGAUCAUCGAGUGUCCGUACCCCCCCUCGCUAUCCAACCUGUCCGAUCUUUUGGCGCGCGUCGACGUAUCGACUAUCCGAUCAUGCGUCCAAGACCGGUCACCUUGCGCGGUGAGGAAACUAGGCAGAAUCGUCCACGAUGCACUGUCUCUGAAUGCACAUACGCUACGUGUGCUGCACCUCUUGUGUCAUGCGCCAGAAUUUCGAGACGAGCUACUGGUCCUGGAACCGUCCCUACUCCCUUCUCUAUUGAAGAAGGCAAACUCAUCGAAAUCUGAUUUCGGACAUCUUGCCGAGCUAUGCGUGCUUAUUCUUUCGCGCCCACUGCCUGAGGCGAUACCAUUACCCGCUGUAGCACAGAACUUCUUUCUUAAUGUCUUCGAAAACGCUACACAGCAACCGAACUACGAAACCCUGAAAUCAGUGUAUCGUAUGCUCAACGGCGCAUGUUGUCGACUUUACAGCCUUCUUCCAAGAGACCUGAGGCAGCGGUUCGACACAGAGUUGUGCAAUAUACUCAGAUCCCCUAAAGUCGCCGACUCCUCUUUACUGUUCCUAUGGGCAGAAGGUAUAGUGCUCAUCACAGAACAUCCCGAAGGAGUCGAGGAACUGCAAAAUCUAUCUGCUGAUGAGGAGCCGACAUCCACGGAAAGACUAAGACAACAUUGGGCAACACCCUCAGGCCAAAAGCUAUUCGGUUCGACAAGCUACUUAUACAAAACUAUUGAGCUCACUUGUUUGAACGUAGUAUGGAUUCUUCGAGGCGGAAUCCAGGAAAAUGAAGCAAUCGAAGGCCUACGUAUUGCCUCGAGGGCGAUGCAAUCCAUUGGCCAAGACGUGAAGGACAACUGGCCUCGAUUUCAAAAGAAGUAUGCCAUGCUUUACGAAAAGUGCGCCUCCAAAAUCCAAAACUCCAAUGCGAGUCUAUCCGUCCAACUAGAGGCCCUGUCGUUCUUUGGCAUACUUUCAAGUUCUCAGAGUUUGCCGCAGGGUAUCGUCGCACGCUACGAGUCAUGUAUAUUAGAAGCCCCUCGCGUGGCAAAGCUCGAAGGCUUUGCCGAGUUUCUUUCAGUCUCACUGCCAAUCUAUGCAGCGCAAACACAGGAGAGCACCGUCAAGGCAGUAUUAUCAGGUAUCCUAUCAGCGUGUGCUUCGCAGCCUGGCUCUCGCGAAGCUUCUAACUCUAUCGACAUUAUCAAUGAACUGGCCACAGCUGCGAUGACGUCUGGUGCUUUAAGGACCACUGUGCUGCGUGUACUGUCAUCGAGGACCUUGCAAGAAGAACUUCAGAACCUCGUUCGUGCUGGUGUGACGAAAGAAGGCCCCGGCUGCUGUACCCAUGCUACAUCACUUCGUCGGCAGCUGGUCGCUGCCACCGUCGCUUCAGUACUCACCAUUGUUCUUACAGCGCGACCGGGAGAGUCGACGAUACCACACACUCUCAUGACUGCGCUUAUCAAGAAACAGCGAGACCUUCCACCUGCGUUGAACACUUGCUCGCACUUGACAAAAAGCCCCGCUCAGCCUUCAAUCUCCCUCUUCCAAGAAGCAAGCACGCAAUACACGGGUCAGCAUCUCCAAGAUUGGCGCAAACGUCUCGAACUGGAGCUACAAAGUCAGAACAAACAUCAGCUGGAUGCUGUAGUGCGCUCUAUGUCUCAAAUAUGUAGUGAUCUGGAGACACGUUGCAAUACAGUCGAAGAGCCGCUACGACUGGAGACGGAGAAGUCCCUCAAGCUGCAGGAACAGAUCGCUCAUCUGACAGAAAAGAAUGCCCGUCUCAAUGAGCAAAUCGAUUUUCUACACAAGGACAGAGAAGAAUCUGUGGAAUACGUGGAGGGUUUGGAGAAGGAACUGCAGGACUCCAUAGACGAGCAAAAGCGCCUGGAGCAAGAGAAGUCCGACUUAUUGGAAGAGAAAGACCGAAUGCACUCUAGGAUACAAGAAGUAGAGACCUCGCUGAACACUUCAGAGCGGAAUGCGACCGAGGCUCUAAAGGCUGCUCGCGAAAGGUCUAGCGCAAAGGAGCUUGAACUCUGCUCGACGAUACACCAGUAUGAGGAGGACAAACGCGUCCGCGAUGAACAAAUUGAGGAGCUGCACGGUACCAUUAGUCGGCUGAGAGCGUCUCAAAUGCAGCACGAGAGCGACCAUCGCAGCCUCACCAUACAGUUUGAGGAGCAGCAGAGACGCGGCUGUGAAGCAGAGGAGACGCUUGAACGGGAGCGGGUGAAUACUGCCCGCCAAGCCGACGAGAUCGCACAACUCGAGACGCAGGCGUCAGAAUAUCGGCAAGACUUGGAAGGGAAGGAAGCGGAACUAGAGGAUGCCAUUCAACAGCUUCAUAUCGCGCGGACCAGUUAUCAGGAGUUCAAAGAGUCCUCAGCUGAAACGAUGAGAGAGCUUGCGAUGAAGCAUGCCAACGAUUUGGAGGCUAUCACCAUGAAAGCUGAAGAGCGAUGCGAGACGCUGGAAGCGCGGCUGCUGGAUGCUCAGCGCAACGCUCAAGAGGAACGACAUGAUCACGGGAAGACGCGUAACAAUCUUCAGCAUCUUCAAUCAUCGAUACAACCGCUAGAAGCGAGGAUCCAAGAGCUUGAGGAGUUUUGCAGAGAGCAAGAAGAAGAACUUGAAGAGUUCAGGACGGCUCGCAAGAUGAUGGCGAUGCAUCUGCUGCCCGCUCGGCCUACUUCACGGACCUACAAAGAGAUAGCUCAGCCUCUGGCGACACGAGAGCCGCGAACUCACCGACGACGUAAGUCAGCCAUCAACACCCAAGAGGAUGUAUCAGUCGCCAUGGAGAAUGUUCAAGCAUUACCUAGCAGAGCUCUGGGCAGCUCUACAAAUGCGUCUUUCGCCUCAUCAGCCGAUUCGAAUUCGUCCCAGGGUAACGGGCCAGCACCAAAGCGUGCCAAACCAAGGCAAGCUUUCAAGGUGCCAACGAUGCAAACGCCAAGUAUCCAGAAGCCCAACAUCGUACCCAAGUCGCUCUCACACUCACACUCACAUCAGCUGUCGCCAACUAAGCGUUCAGCUCUGAGACCAGUGUCGCCGAACCGCCGCCACACGACUAUCGGUUUUACAUUGCCAGGCGGCGAGGAAGAAGACCCUGCUACUGAGAUUGAGUCAGUGAGGAAACGUAGAGGCAGUAUUCAGGACAUUGAGCAAGUCGAUCUUGACAUCGAUGAUGAUUUCACGACCGGCACAUCACUUACUCCGGGCUUUAUGUCUGGUACUGGGCGGAUCCCGGACGAAGGUGACGAGACCAUGACUGAGCUGUGAGUACGAAAGCAUGAUUUACGAUGAUGUUUUGGGAAAGGUAGGAUAGCCACUGCUUGUUUCAUACCGGGCGUACGAAGGCUUUGCGCAUUUGGCAUGGGUACUUGCAUACAUGGCGCACUGGGCAUUUGAUAAUUUCGAGAUACCCAAUGGCCUAUUCUUACUCAAUGUCUUGCACCUGCCUUUACCUUCUACUAGUUUUACCACAAGGCUAGCGUUCUAUCAUGUGCUACACGUGUGUGUUUUCUUAAUCUUUCUGCUUGACGUCUUCUUUACUCUCUGUACCUUACGGCUAGCUGCUUUUCUCAAGCGCCGUUCAGUUGAUCGUCGUUACAUCGGCUAUAACCCCACAUCUUCUCAUGCUGCCCUCCGCUUGCACCUUCCCGUAUCAGCACGAGCACGUAUUUGAGUAAGAGUCC